GGAAUAUUAAUAGAAACCCACUUCACCUCUAUUCUUGUACUCCAAUACUCCUCCAUCUCUCUCUCUCUCUCUCUCUCAAAAUGGAAAAACAUAUCAACAUAGAGAGGAGUGCUCUUCAAGACAAUACUUUCCUUGUCAAUACGACCUCGGCUUCUUCUUCGUCUUUGUCUCCAUCCUCUUCUUGUUCUUCCACUUCGUUUUCUCUCGAAACUUGCACCGUAGACAAUUCUAAAGCAAGGGCAUCAAGAAAAGCUCCAGACGACAACAAUGGCGCCAAGAAACGGCACAAGAACAAUGACAAUGGUAGUGGUGAUAAGCAUCCAACGUACAGAGGAGUACGGAUGAGAAGCUGGGGCAAGUGGGUGUCGGAGAUCAGACAGCCGAGGAAAAAAUCAAGAAUCUGGCUCGGUACUUACCGGACGGCGGAGAUGGCGGCUCGAGCCCACGACGUGGCCGCUUUAGCCAUUAAAGGCUCCACGGCUUACCUCAAUUUCCCCAAAUUGUCCGGAGAGCUUCCCCGUCCGGCGACCACUUCCCCUAAAGACAUCCAAGCAGCCGCCGCCAAGGCCGCCGCCACGUGGCACGAUCUCACGCCAACUGCUGAUGAUCGUACGAUGGGCAGUGAUGAUUCGGGGGAAUCCGAGACAAGUAGGGCCGAGAUAUCUGCGGCUCGGUCGUCGAGCAGUUUGGUUUCUUCGGACAUGAUGACGCGGGAUUCGUCGGUGACUUCGUCGGCUUCGAGUGCGGACAAGGACAGCGAAGAGGACACGCUCUUUGACUUGCCGGAUCUUUUCACUGACGGGUCGACUCGAAACGACGCGUUUUGCUACUCCUACUCAUCCACGUGGCAGCUUUGUGCGGCCGACUCGGUGUUUCGGCUGGAGGAGCCAUUCUUAUGGCAGAAUGACUGAAAUACCCCCACACUAACACUACUAAAUUCCAAAUUCACUUUUUUUUUUUUUGGUUUUUUAUUUGGCUUUUGGUGUGAAGAAAUGCGGGAAUUUUGAUUAUUUUCCUUUUUAAAAAGGGUGUUUAAAAUUAACGUCAAUGUAAUAUAUAUAUAUAUAUAUGUAUAUAUAUGUGUUGUGGAAGUCGGUCUACCAAAGGGAAGAAUACAAAAUAAAGACCCGAUGUUUGAUCUCUC